AUGAACAAAUAAAUCACAUUUUUGAUUUUAUUCGCAUGUAUUGUUUUAGGUGCCAUUUUUAUGUUAUCAUUUACUCCAUCAAGUAAUAAAACAUACCUAUAAUAGAUUUUGAAAUGAACUUUAAAAAAAUUCAUUUAUACAAAGCCACUAGCAAAGGAGCUUGGGGAUAGUCUGGAAAAUAUUCUUCAAAUGAUUCACAAUGUAAAGAAUUAUGCACUGCUGCAUAAGGAGAAAAUUGUGGUAAUGAUAGACUCGUAUGUUGCCAACCUGGUAUUUGUUCAAAUGACGAAUGCUCAAAAGAAGUAUAUGUCAUGGGUUGUGAUUUCUGAAAAUAUUAAAAAUGUAAAAACC